CGAGGAGCCCGCAGCGGCUCCUGGCUCACACUGCUCGGGCUUGGAGAGCGGGCGGUCGCUGUGGGCAAGGCCGGUGCGGGCGACAGGGCAGGGGGAGGAGCGCGGACAAAGCCCGGCGGCCUGAACGCUGCCGGCGGCGGCGUCGGGGCCGCAGCUCGGCCCUUCGAGCGCCUCUCGCUCCGGUCCCUGCGCCCAGGGCGCACGGUGGAGAGGGACGCGGCGCUGGCCGCCAUGGAGCCGGCCCCUUCUGCGGGCUCCGAGCUGCAGCCCCCGUUCCUCCCCAACGCCUCGGAUGCCUACCCCAGCACCUUCCCCAGCGUGGGCGCCAAUGCGUCGGGGCCGCCGGGGGCACGGAGCGCGUCGUCCCUCGCCCUGGCUAUCGCCAUCACCGCGCUCUACUCGGCCGUGUGCGCCGUGGGGCUGCUGGGCAACGUGCUCGUCAUGUUUGGCAUCGUCCGGUACACUAAGCUGAAGACAGCAACCAACAUCUACAUCUUUAACCUGGCCUUGGCCGACGCGCUGGCCACCAGCACGCUGCCCUUCCAGAGCGCCAAGUACCUGAUGGAGACGUGGCCCUUUGGGGAGCUGCUCUGCAAGGCCGUGCUGUCCAUCGACUACUACAACAUGUUCACCAGCAUCUUCACGCUCACCAUGAUGAGUGUUGACCGUUACAUCGCCGUCUGCCACCCGGUCAAGGCCCUGGACUUCCGCACACCUGCCAAGGCCAGGCUGAUCAACAUCUGCAUCUGGGUCCUGGCCUCGGGUAUUGGCGUCCCCAUCAUGGUCAUGGCUGUGACCCGCCCCCGGGACGGGGCAGUGGUGUGCAUGCUCCAGUUCCCCAGCCCCAGCUGGUACUGGGACACAGUGACCAAGAUCUGCGUGUUCCUGUUCGCCUUCGUGGUGCCCAUCCUCAUCAUCACCGUGUGCUACGGCCUCAUGCUGCUGCGCCUGCGCAGCGUGCGUCUGCUGUCGGGCUCCAAGGAGAAGGACCGCAGCCUGCGGCGCAUCACGCGCAUGGUGCUGGUGGUGGUGGGCGCCUUCGUAGUGUGCUGGGCGCCCAUCCACAUCUUCGUCAUCGUCUGGACCCUGGUGGACAUCGACCGGCGUGACCCUCUAGUGGUGGCCGCGCUGCACCUGUGCAUUGCCCUGGGCUACGCGAACAGCAGCCUCAACCCCGUGCUCUACGCCUUCCUGGACGAGAACUUCAAGCGCUGCUUCCGCCAGCUCUGCCGCUCGCCCUGCGGCCGCCCGGAGCCUGGCAGCUUCAGCCGGGCGCGCGAGGCCACAGCCCGCGAGCGGGUCACUGCCUGCACCCCCUCCGACGGCCCGGGCGGUGGUGCCGCGGCCUGACUGCGUCCCUCCCCCUGCGAC